AUGAAGCGAACGUCGCGCCUGCUCGUCGCAGCCGUGGCCGUGCUGGGCGUGCUGCUCGCCACCGCCGGCUUCACGUCCGAGCCUGGGGCCGAGGCUGCGACCGCCGCUUUUAUCCUCGACAUUCUGCCACAGCUCAUGGGCGGGCCGCCGAAAAACUCGUUCCCACGGCUGAGUCGAUGUCCGCAUUGCAUGCGAGCGGAGGCCAGCGUCGGUUCGUCGGCGCAGCUCCGCCCCCUGCCCGCGGACAUUGACGCGCAUGAUCCGGACUGGCAGCAGCGGCUGCAGGCCGUGAUGCACUCGGAGCCGGCGGUCGUUCGCGGUCUCCAGUAUGUCGAGUCCCGGCGCUUCGGCAACAUGAGCGGGCUCAACGUGCCGCGACUGCGGGAGCUGUACCGCGGCCGGUCGGUCACAACCUUCACGCACAUGACCCACGACACCUCCGCCGUCGACAUGUCGUUCGACGACUUUGCCGACCGGAUGAAGGAUGAGGAGGAGAUGCUCUAUGCGCGGGCGAUGCCAGACGUCACCGGAGCCUUCAACAACUUUGACCUAGACUGGGUAGCUGGCACGCUAUGGGGCCGGCUCUGGUCGUGGAGGUUCACCCAGUUCACUGGCGGCAAGCCCCUCCAAGGCAGGAUCGGGCUCGGCUUUGUCGGCAGCAAGCACGUGUGGACGCAGGCUCACUGCGAUGUUGGCUCGAGCUCCUUCCUGAUGCUGCACGGGCGGAAGCGGUGGGUCUUCUUCAGCCCGACGCAGACCCGAUGGAUGUACCCCUACGGCCAGUACCGCAACGUCGCGUACAAUGCCGGCCUCGACGUGUUCGCUCCCAACCUUACCGAGGUGCCGCUCUUUGCGAACGUGCGUGGCUACGAGGUGGUGCUGCAGCCAGGCGACGUGCUCUUCUUCCCCUCCUUUUGGUGGCACGGCGUGCAGAACCUCGACGACGAGACGGUCGCCGUCGACCUCCCCUUAAUCGACAUUCUCGGCAGCUGGCGGCGCAACGCAAUCUUCACUCUGACAUCGCUCCUCAAUCCGAAUGUUAUCGGGGACUCGAUUGGCGCCCUAUUGACAGGCGGCAGCCUGCGCGGCGUCUUCUUUGCAGGCUAUCGCAAGGAGGGCCUGAAGGAGGGCGAGUGA